CCGGGUCUCCCUAGGGCCCGCCCCAGCGAGGGGGCGGGGCGCAGAUCUGUUUCCCUCAGACUUCGUCCGCCCGGGGCCGCUAAGGGAGCGCAAGGUCAAUUUCGCCUUAGGCCCCGCCUCCAGCUCAGGUACUAGGGGGUCUAGACCCGAGGCUGCCCGGGCCGGAGGCAGCCUUGAGUCCCGAGACCAAACGUCGUUUCCCUCUCGGACCUCGGGCGCUGGGCCGCGCGCUGACCGACAGCCCCUGCUAGGCCCAGCAGGUCCCCUAGUGCCCCGCAGUCCCCCGCAGUCCCCCGCAGUCCCCCGAGACUCGCCGAGCGCCGUUGCUGAGCCCUGCAAAUAGCAGUCUCAGAUGUAGACCUUAUCACCAGAGAUGAGCUGCCGUCUUCUCUGCAGCAAAGGAAGGAUGCAUCACUGCACAGAGAUUGAAAAGGCCUCCAUGCUACUCUGAGUCAGAUGAGCAGAUAGAAGCUCCAAGAGGUCAAGCAGCUUGCUCAAGGCCAAACAGCCCAUCAGUGGCAGAGCCAGGAUUACAAAUUAGGUUCAUCUGACUCCAGAUCCAGCCUCUUAGACAAAGCUGGUUACCAGCAGGGUGGCCACUGCAACGGGUGUGGAUGUGCCUGACAAGAUGAAGAGCCGAAUACCUGUGGUGCUCCUGGCCUGUGGCUCCUUUAACCCCAUCACCAACAUGCACCUGCGCUUGUUUGAGGUGGCCAGAGAUCACCUACACCAAACAGAAUAUGAAGAAAAGGACCAUGAAGUUGCACUUGUUUUUCCUCAGUCUAUCUCAAUAAAAGAUAUUUGUUUUCAUCUGCAAAAAAGGAUUCAAAAUAAUGUUAGCAGCAAAAAUGAUGACCCUGACAAGCCAUCUUUUAAACGCAAAAGAACUGAAGAACAAGAGUUCUGUGAUUUGAAUGACAGCAAGUGCAAAGGCACAACACUGAAAAAAAUUAUAUUUAUAGAUAGCACCUGGAACCAAACAAACAAAAUAUUCACUGAUGAGCGACUUCAAGGAAUGUACCAGGUCAUCCAGGGUAUCAUCUCUCCUGUCAACGACAACUAUGGGAAGAAAGACCUCGCAGCUUCUCAUCACCGAGUGGCCAUGGCCCGGCUGGCCCUGCAGACAUCCGAUUGGAUCCGGGUGGACCCCUGGGAGAGUGAGCAGGCACAGUGGAUGGAGACAGUGAAGGUGCUGAGGCAUCAUCACAGCGAACUGCUCAGAUCUCCACCCCAGAUGGAAGGCCCAGACCGUGGCAAGGCACUCUCCCUGACCCCUGCAGCUGUGCCUGAGCUGAAGCUUCUCUGCGGGGCAGACGUCUUGAAGACCUUCCAGACCCCCAACCUCUGGAAGGAUGCACACAUCCAGGAAAUAGCGGAGAAGUUUGGCUUGGUGUGCGUGGGCCGGGCAGGUCACGACCCAAAAGGUUACAUCGCAGAAUCUCCCAUCCUACGGAUGCACCAGCACAACAUUCACCUGGCCAAGGAGCCUGUGCAGAAUGAGAUCAGUGCCACGUACAUCAGGCGAGCCUUGGGCCAAGGGCAGAGCGUAAAGUACCUGAUCCCCGAUGCUGUCAUCACCUACAUCAAGGAGCAUGGCCUCUACACCAAGGACAGUGCCUGGAAAGGCAAAAGCACCCAGAGCGCUGAGGGCAAGACAAGCUAGGGAGGGGGGACUCAGCACCCACACCUCCUCCAACAAGCUCCUGCUGGGGAGAGGGCUGUUAAGGUUUCUGUUUUACUUUGGUUUUUGCUUCUCCAUUUUUCAUUUGCUUUAUUUCUACAGUGAUUCUACUUCUGAGGAGUCUUCUGUCCCAGGAAGAGAUACCUUCUUUGUGGGAGAGGAAAGGUCUAAAUCACAAGGAUAGACAUUUAUCAAAGAAGUUAAAAUGGUGUGGCAGGUCAUUAGGAUUAGGCAGAAUCUCUCAGAGCUGCUGGACAAGGAGGCCUACUUAUUUUGUGUGGAUGGUAAUUAUGGCGUGCACACUGAAUGCAGUUCUGAGCAUGGCAGGGGCCCCUGAGGGUCAGAUCAGAAUUGCCCACAAUGCGUUUUUUAACUAGGACCAGGUGCAGCAUGCUAGUCUUGAUUGGAAAGAUUUGACAGGAUGCUAAUUACUGAACAGUGGGUUUUGUCAAUGCCCUUGUUUCAGAAUAUGAACUGAGGAGUCAAACAGUUGGAAACAGCACAUUGCUGAUUUACACUGGAUCUUGCCUUACAAACAAUUGUCUGCCUGCCUAACCAGCCUUUCAUAAAAUGUAAACAAAACUCUUCCUAUGUAGUGAUCCUCAAGCAAUAUUUUUGAUACAGCAAGUGUCAAACUUGCUAUAGUAUAAAAGCCGGGGCUCCUGAUUUCCAGGUUUCUAAAAAGGAACUGAGGUAAAACAGAUGCCUGACUGUUUUAAAGGAUCUUUUUUAAUGUUUUAUGACUGCCUGUCUGUUUGAAUACUGGCAAAGGGAUAAAUAAUAAAUUGACAUCAAAAAGUA